CGUGGGCGUGCGUAAGCGUCUCCGUCAGGUUUGGCUGAGAACGAGGAAGUGAGGUGAGGAGGAAAUCUGCAGAGAAGAAGAAGGACUGGCGUGUGCGCUCGACUGUCAUUUAGACGCUUUUACCUUCCAGAUAACUUCACCCGCAGAGCACCAUGGCUACAGCAGACAUUGCAUUGAUUGGUUUGGCCGUCAUGGGCCAGAACCUCAUCAUGAACAUGAACGACCACGGCUUCGUGGUGUGCGCCUACAACCGAACCGUGUCCAAGGUGCACGACUUCCUGAAGAACGAGGCGAAGGGCUCCAAGGUGAUCGGGGCCGAGUCCCUGGAGGACAUGGUGGCCAAGCUGAAGAAGCCUAGGAGGAUCAUCCUGCUGGUCAAGGCUGGACAGGCUGUGGACGACUUCAUCGACAAACUGGUUCCUCUUCUCGAGGCUGGAGAUAUCAUCAUCGACGGUGGAAACUCUGAAUACCGAGACACAACACGGCGGUGUAAGAGUCUGAAAGAGAAGGGCUUGCUGUUCGUCGGCAGCGGAGUGAGCGGUGGAGAGGAGGGCGCUCGAUACGGACCCUCGCUGAUGCCAGGGGGACACAAAGAGGCCUGGCCGCACAUUAAAGAUAUCUUCCAGAACAUUGCUGCCAAGGUUGGAACAGGAGAACCUUGUUGUGACUGGGUUGGAGACGAGGGCGCGGGGCAUUUCGUGAAAAUGGUUCAUAACGGCAUCGAGUACGGAGACAUGCAGCUGAUCUGUGAGGCCUAUCACCUGAUGAAGGACGUUCUGGGUAUGGACCACGAUGAGAUGGCAAAGGCUUUCGACAGCUGGAACAAGACAGAGUUGGACUCCUUCCUGAUUGAGAUCACCGCCAAUAUCCUCAAAUUCAGGGACUCUGACGGCGCACACCUGCUGCCCAAGAUCCGCGACAGCGCCGGACAGAAAGGGACAGGGAAGUGGACGGCCAUCUCGGCCCUGGAGUACGGCACACCUGUCACUCUGAUCGGGGAGGCUGUCUUUGCCAGAUGCCUGUCCUCUCUGAAGGAUGAGCGAGUGGAGGCCAGCCGCAGCCUCUCGGGGCCACAGGGGGUCAAAUUCAGCGGCGACAAGGCUGCCUUCCUGGAAGACAUUAGAAAGGCCCUCUACGCCUCCAAGAUCAUCUCCUACGCGCAGGGCUUCAUGCUGCUGAGACAGGCGGCCAAAGAGUUCGGCUGGUCGCUCAACUACGGCGGCAUCGCUCUGAUGUGGAGAGGAGGCUGCAUCAUCCGAAGCGUUUUCCUGGGUAAAAUCAAGGAGGCGUUUGACCGGGACGCUGAGCUGCAGAACUUGCUGCUGGACACUUUCUUCAGUAAUGCUGUGCAAGACUGUCAGGCGUCGUGGCGCAGAACCGUCAGCACUGGAGUCCAGCAUGGCAUCCCCAUGCCCUCUUUCACCACGGCUCUGUCCUUCUACGACGGUUACAGACAUGAGAAGCUGCCGGCCAACCUCCUCCAGGCUCAGAGGGACUACUUUGGAGCCCACACGUAUGAGCUGCUGUCCAACCCAGGUCAAUUCAUUCACACCAACUGGACAGGCCACGGCGGAAACGUGUCCUCUUCAUCCUACAACGCUUAAGGACGAUUCGCACGUACCCAAAAAAGAAAAACGAAACGGAAGGAAGGACGAGGGGGAAGUUGGCUGCAAGAGAAGACAACACGUUAAACAUUCCACCUUCGUAACCCCACAGUAAUUAUUUAAGACCAACCCACACUAACAAUCGGGACUUUCUACUCUUCUCAGAGACUUGUUCCAGUUUUAUUUAUCGAGACAUGGAAUCAUAGAUUAUGUGUGUUGUAAAACCCUCCCCGCCCGCCCCCGUGUGUUUUGUUGUAGCGACGGUCACAAGAGGGAGGACUCGGCCUGGACAUUACGCUGACUAUCAGACUAAUGUUCACCAGUCACGUCGGGCCCAGGGUUCACGGUGUUAACACUGGAUUAAAGUGAACCGUUGCACUGUGCUGUAUUAGGCUAAAUAAAGAUUUCAAUCCCUUUAUAA